AUGGUGUGGCCAUUCAGCUCGUCAUCUUCCAGCAAGUCCAAUGACAAAGCCGAUGCCUCAGCAGCAGCCGUAGCCUCGGCACAAGGUAUCCUCGAGCACGCCGGUGAGGACGCAAAGGCGUUCGUCGCCUCCACAAAACAACACCUCGAACGCGAUAUCCAAACCGCAGAACGUGCCAUUAAAACCGCAUCCGAGGACUUUGACCUGCCACCAUUACCACCAGCACCCAUCACCAUCCCCCCUUCACUCGAACCCUACCUGAUUGCAUCCGCCGUCUUUGGAGUCGCUACGACGGCAGUUCUGUUUUAUAAAAAGAAUCUUCGCAGGAUCCCCUCGGCCGCUUAUUUAACUCCCAACAUGUUGAAGGGGAAACGGAUCAUGAAAGGAAGAGUCACCAGUGUGGGCGACUCGGACAAUUUCCGGUUCUAUCAUACCCCGGGUGGUAUUUGGGCUGGGUGGGGGUGGUUGAGACAUGUUCCCUCAGGCACCAAAGCUCUCAAGGAUCAGACAUUGCAUAUCCGUAUUGCAGGAGUUGAUGCCCCUGAGGGAGCACAUUUCGGGAUGCCGUCACAACCCUUCUCAGCCGAGUCGUUGGCAUGGCUCCGGAAAGAACUGCUAGGCAAGAAAGUUACUAUCCAACCUUACUCCAAAGAUCGAUACGGGCGUGUCGUCUCGAUGGCAUGGUACCCAAGAUCGCUGCCAUUCCUCCCCAAGAAGAACGUCAGCAAGGAAAUCCUUAAGGCCGGAUACGGAGAGAUCUAUCGACAGUCCGGAUCAGAACACGGAGGAAUCCUCAAAGAAUUAGAAAAGAUCGAGAAGAAAGCCAAGAAAAACAAGGUCGGGAUCUGGUCGCAAAAAGAUAGGGUUAGCGCCGCAGACCACAAGAAACAGCAUCUUCGUGGAGGAGAAUAG